UAAAAGCAUAGGUAGUCCGCUUUUAGAUCAUUCAUAACUCUUGAAGCUGUAUCGGCAAUAGCUUAAAAUCGUACAAAAUCAAGUCAAGUCAUAGUUGAUUUUACAGAUGAAGAAUCUAAUAGAAACGAUUCAGAAGAAUAUCAAAUGGAAGCACCACACAUACACAUAUGAUAACGUGAUCUUCAGACUUCAUUACCGCAUCACAACUCUUUUACUUAUAGUAAUGGUGAUGUUGGUUGGUUCCCAGGAGCUCAUCGGCGAACAUAUCAAAUGCAUAGCGCCAGGUGACGAAUCAACAAGCGAGGAUUUCGAGAAGAUUCUAAAUCGGUACUGCUUCGCCACAACAACAUUCACGGUGGUGAAAUUCAUGAAUGCCACCUUGUUAAACCGUGGUGAAAUAAUAUAUCCCGGUGUAGGGGCCCACGGCCAACUAGAAGAAGAUGACGUAAAAUACCAUGCGUAUUAUCAAUGGGUACCGUUCGUUCUUUUCGUCCAAGCGCUUCUCUUCUACCUGCCACAUCUUAUAUGGAAGAAGAAGGAAGGGGAACGAAUGAAGAAACUCAUCGACGGAUUGGAGUACGCCGCCCUUGCCAGGACUACAUUUGAAAGGCCCAUAACUAUCUCGGACAAGGAAGUUCCAACAAUGAAGAAAGUGCAAGAAAAAUUUGGAAUACUCAAAAAGUAUUUGACUGAUAGCCUCAUUGUCAAUCGGUACUGGACCCAUUGGCUUAUCGCGUGCGAGCUUCUAAACUUAUGCACCACCCUUCUUAAUAUUUGGUUAACACAUGUAUUCCUCGGCGGUAAUUUUGUCCAGCUAGGACUAAAAUUGUUGCGUGAGGGAUUUGAAUCCGCAGUGGAUCCUCUUGAUAUUGUUUUCCCGAAGAUGACAAAAUGCAUCUUUUACAAAUAUGGUCCCUCCGGAACACUUCAACCGAUUGACACUAUUUGUGUCAUGGCGCUAAAUGUACUCAAUGAGAAGGUGUACGCUAUCCUCUGGUUCUGGUUUAUGACACUGCUCGCAUUGACGAUGAUGGUUAUUUUCUGGCGCAUUCUCAGUGUGUGUUUGUAUUCACGCAGCACUUUUUUCAACAAAGUAGUGUUCACAUGUGCAAGCACAGGCCGCAUCAACAUUCAGCACCUUAUGGCAGCGACGCGAAAUUACAACUUUCCAAACUGGCUGUUCUUAGUUUAUCUCGCCAAGAACAUGAACAGUUUAGUCUUCGUAGACUUCCUCGACGGAUUAGCUGAAGACUUGCAAUUUACCCCGCCUUUGCUUGACUUUUUAAUGGACCGCCACCACGAAGGAUUCGAGUACACCAAUGAGAAUGAAAGAAUUAGUAGCUUGGACGAAGAGCUAUACAGUGAUGCUACGACCGAUCCCUAUAGCGGAAACGAGAAAAAUAGCCAGGUGAAUUAUCCACCUCUGCUAAAAAAAAGACCAGUGGCGUCAAAGCGUACAAAACAAAGCUUGAAGAAGGUCAGUUCUGGCAAUUCACCAACAUUGCAGCUUUAAGACUAUUUGCCUGACGCGGAUGACAAAUUCAACAUCCGUUUUCCAUAAUUAAUUAGUUAUCAAUCUACUUUGACAAUAGCACUUUAGUAAAGUGGUCGUGAGCUCACAGCUUGUUUAUCAAUACUGAACUCGAGAUAGGUGAGUUGAAAAGACCAUUGAGCCAUUGCAAGUUAUUUCGUACACUUGACAUUCGUAAUCACAAGUGGAAAAUUUAUUAAAUUGAAAUUAUGAAAUGUGCAAUGUAGUCUUAACCGCAAACACAAACAUGUAGAAUUGCGCAGCGCACUGAUAAUAUGUAUUAUGUCACAUAAUAAUUCGAUUCACUUGGCCUUGCUCGCCGGGGAAGUUAAUUCGUUGACUGCAGAGUAAAAAGCAAGAUGUUACGAAAGAAUGUAAUGUAUUAAGAGAUGCACUCUUUAAAAAAUAUAUGUGAUACUGAAAUUA